AAUUUCUGAUCUUUGAUGGGUUCGUUUAAAUAGUUUCUGAAAAUUUUCUUGAUAUAGAUAAAUUGUGGUGUUCUCAUGAAACAUUUAAUGUUACCGAACAGCCUAGUGAUCUGAAAUCUUGAGAGAACAAUAAUUUUUCUAUAUUUUGAUUUUCGGCAUUAGGAAUGUAACUACACUGUGUUAUUCUCACAUGAUUCUUUAUAAAUUUCUCAAGGGUGUUGCGAUCCACAUAAAUGAUUGCACAUUAUUUGCUCAUAAUGUUUGAAAUGGAAUUAAUUUAUCAAAUAUAUAUAUAUUUUUUGAAAUUUACAGACAGUUCAGGCACCGUCAGUUUUGAAACCAGCGGCUGAUCCGAAAACCAUUGCGUCGAUCAUACUAGGUGGAGGUGCGGGGACUCGACUUUUCCCUCUGACUUCAAGAAGAGCAAAGCCAGCAGUACCAAUUGGAGGAUGUUAUCGGCUUAUUGAUGUUCCCAUGAGCAAUUGCAUUAACAGCGGGAUUAAUAAAAUUUACGUUCUUACACAGUUCAAUUCCCAGUCUCUUAACCGUCAUCUUGCUCGAACUUAUAAUCUAGGGAAUGGUGUAAACUUUAGUGAUGGGUUUGUUGAGGUGCUAGCAGCUACUCAAACACCUGGAGAAUCUGGGAUGAAGUGGUUUCAGGGAACUGCCGAUGCUGUGAGACAAUUUAUAUGGCUCUUUGAGGAUGCCAAGCUUAGAGAUAUAGAGAACAUACUGAUAUUGUCUGGUGAUCAUCUAUACCGGAUGGACUAUAUGGACUUCGUUCAGAGCCACGUGGAUUCUGGUGCUGAUAUAUCUGUUUCGUGUGUUCCAAUGGAUGACAGCCGUGCUUCUGAUUUUGGGCUCGUCAAGAUUGAUAAAGAAGGCCGUAUCUGUCAAUUUCAUGAAAAACCAAAGGGUGAAAGCCUGAGAAUGAUGCAAGUAGAUACAACUGUGCUCGGAUUGGCUCCUGAAGAUGCUAAGAAUUUUCCAUACAUAGCAUCAAUGGGAAUUUACUUGUUUAAGACUGAUGUCCUGUUGAAGCUUUUGAGAUCUAAGUAUCCUCAUGCCAAUGACUUUGGGUCUGAAAUUAUUCCACUGGCUGCCAAAGAGUAUAAUGUGCAGGCAUAUCUGUUCAAUGGAUAUUGGGAGGACAUUGGAACAAUAAAAUCAUUCUAUGAUGCAAAUCUGGCCCUCACUGAUCAGCCUCCAAAGUUUCAUUUUUAUGAUCCUUUGAAGCCAAUUUUCACUUCACCAAGGUUUUUACCUCCAACAAAGAUGGAAAAAUGCCGGGUUGUGAACUCCAUUAUUUCACACGGAUCUUUCUUAACAGAAUGCAAUGUAGAGCGUUCCAUAGUUGGUAUUCGUUCACGAUUAGAAUAUGGGGCAGAGCUCAAGGACACCAUGAUGAUGGGGGCAGAUUACUAUCAAACUGAGGUAGAGAGGGCCUCGUUCUUGGCUGCUGGAAAAGUUCCAGUCGGUGUCGGAGCAAAUACCAAUAUUAGGAACUGUAUCAUUGACAAAAACGCGAAGAUUGGAAAGAACGUGGUCAUUGCAAACACAGAUAAUGUGGAAGAGGCAGAGAGACCAUCAGAGGGUUUCUACAUUCGCUCAGGAAUCACGGUGGUGUUGAAGAAUGGUACAAUUGCAGAUGGUAGCAUUAUCUAGAGCUCUUUUUCGUUAUCGAUUACGUGAGUGACCAUGAAGCACAUGUAUAGAUCAAUGGCAAUUAACAGUAGAUGGGCACUCAUGAGUUUCUUCUCACAUGAAAGAGGGUCUCGGUAUUGCUUCUGAAGUUCAUUAAUAGGGCCGGGGUUAUAGUUCUAGUUGAGCCUCACUAGAAGUAGUCCUGAUGACUGAUGAGCGAUCAUAUUUCAUUAAUUGCUUUUUCGUCAAAUUUCAAAUGUACACAGCCUUAAAAUAAGCCUGUCUGUUAACUGAAACUCCUCUGAGUUAUCAGUAUUUUUUUUCCUUGAAAAACCAAAAAGACAGGUAGACAAUCAU